CCCCUCCAAGGCAAGCAGGUCUUUUGAUCUCGAGCCUUGCCGGCCAACUAUCUGUCCGUCUAUUCAUUCUCUCACUUUCUUCCUGUUCCUUCUUCUCCUCAUCUCGAUUCCUCCUUCUCCCCUUCCUCUAUCCCGCUUUCUCCCCAGCGUCUCAGGUCCUCUCGUUGGCCUGAGUCAGCACCAUCACUACCACCACCCACCAUCCACCACUCUCCCCAUCAUUCUGCUAGUCCCGCAGCUACGCCCACCAUGUCGCGACGCUAUCCCACUGCCGAACUAUACGAGGAACGCCAGCGCGAUUUUUAUCGCAAUGGCAAUCGUAGCGACCGCAACUACGACGACCUAGAUGCCGAGUUGAGGCGCGGCGGUGACCCUCGUCGCAGCGCUCCAGAUUUCUUCCGUGACGACUUCGACCGCCAGUCAAAUGCUGGCCAGAUGGUCUUACGAGACCGCCGUGAUGAUGAUGCCUUCUCCAGAGCUCCAUCCUCACGUCGUGGCCGUGAAGUCGAGGAGGACCAGAUCGUCAUACGAGGCGGUCGUGCCCCACCACCGCCUGCCUCAAGCGUUCGCGAGGUCGAACGGGAAGAUAUCAGCAUCCGACGAGGCGCCGAUGACCGUCGUCGACCAAGGGAGGCCGAGCGAGAGGAAAUGGACAUAUCCAUUAGACGCCGUGAGCAGUCAAGACCACGAGGCCCCGACCUUCGUGAGGUCGAGCGAGAGGAUAUCGUCUUCCGACGCGGUGAUGGUCCCCCCCGUCCACGAACACGCGAAACCGAGGUAGAGCGUGAAGAUAUUCGAUUCCGAGAGCGUCACUCUCCUCCUCGUCACCGAGAUGCUGACCGCGAAGAAGUCAUCUUCCGCCACGAGCAUCGUGAAGACAAUCGUAAUGGCAGAGAGCGUGAUGUACACAAGGACAGCCUGGUCAUUAGAGGGGGGCGUGAGAAGAGUCUCCCUCCACCACGAUCCCGUGGGGACCUGGUUGCCAGAGAGCGUGAGGAGUUUGUAGUUCGCCGCCGCGAUCCAUCUCCUCCGCGACGCGAACGUGAGAUUGUCAAAGACGAAAUAAUAAUCCGUCGCAAGGAAGAGCGUUCUCCUACACCCCCUCCCGCACCACUGCCUCCACCACCUCCUCCACCAGAACCCGAAGUCAGGCCUCCCAUUAUUCAGGAAAUCAUUACUCACCACAGGCACAUUGAUCAUGGAGUUGAACGAGCUCGUUCACCCACCCCACCACCUCCGCCACCAUCACCACCCCGCAAUGAAAGCCUGGAAAUCUCGAUUCGACGAAAUGAAAGCCGGACUCCUGGCAGAGAUUUCGAAGAGGACAUUAUAUACGAACGCGAGACGAUUGAACGAAAGGGUCGCGAUGAUGUCAGCCGCCGCGGACGUUCAUUGAGCGCACCCAGGCGUGCUCGCACCAUGCCGGCUGAGUCUGAUUUCGACCAGGAAGCCGAUUACUACAACCGGAAAGCAAUGGAGCGUGCCUACCCAGGCGAGGGCUGGAACGGCGCCACCAAAGAUUGGGCCAUUGUCGAUGUUCCCCCCGGCACCAACCGAGUUCGAAUGGACGGUAUAGGAGGGGGAGGUCAAGAGAUCACUUGGCAACGAUACAAUGGAGUGCGUCGCUCGAAAUUCAUUAGUGGCGAUGAAGAGAUUGCGACCGAUUUCGGCGGCCCAGGUCCUGUGAAACCAAAAACCAAAGACAUGUGGACAGAGAUCACCAAGGACUUGGUUAUUAGAGAGGCCAUCGACUCGAUGGGCUAUAACUGCGAGGAGACGGACGAUUUCUUCUAUGUUAUGGAGUACCUCAAAUAUGAGGAUGUUCUGCAACUGGUGGAGAUCUCCGACGACAUUCGUCGCCGCCGAAAGUCGCGCAUCCGGCAGAUUGAAUAUGAACGCGAAGAGAUCCGGGAACGCCGCCCUCCACCUUCCAGUUGGGACGAACGUUACUAUGAACAUGAGGUGUCAGUUGACCGUCACCGGUCUCGAUACAGAUAA